GAAGCAUAGCGAUGGAAGAGGAGGCCGGCAGACCCACAUGGAGCAGGCAGAUUGAGUUCACUCUGGCUGGGAUCGGUUGCGCUGUGGGUCUGGGGAACAUCUGGAGGUUCCCAUACCUGUGCUACAGGAGCGGUGGAGGUGCGUUCCUGGUGCCUUACCUGCUGAUGCUGGUGGUGCUGGGGAUCCCGCUGCUGCACAUGGAGCUGACGCUGGGCCAGUAUCUGAGGAGGGGCCCCGUGCUGGCCCUGACCAAAGCCUGUCCCCUGCUGAAAGGUGUUGGCAUGGCAACGGUGGCCAUCUCUUUCAUCAUGUGCACAUACUAUAAUGUCAUUAUCACAUGGGCACUGUACUACAUGUUCAGCUCUUUUCGGAGCGAGCUGCUCUGGGAAAACUGCAACAACACAUGGAACACGGCCAACUGCUCCGACCGUGUGACCAACAGCUCCUCGUCCUCCACCUCCAGCCAGCAGUUCUUCAAUUAUAAGGUGCUGGAGAGGACCAGUGGUGUGGAGGAGACGGGCACCUUGAGGUGGGAGCUCUUCCUCUUGCUGCUGCUGGCCUGGAUCCUUGUCUACCUCUGCAUCUUUAAAGGAGUCAAAUCCACUGGGAAGGUGGUUUACUUCACCGCUCUGUUUCCAUACGUGAUUCUUCUGGCUCUGCUGAUCAAUAACGUGCAGCUGCCGGGAGCCAUAGACGGCAUUCGGUUCUUCAUCAUACCCGAGUGGGACAAGCUGCUCAAUGUGGAGGUAUGGAUUAAUGCAGCAGCUCAAAUCUUUAACUCCAUUGGGAUUGGCUUCGGCUCGCUGAUGGCGAUGGCCAGCUACAACUCAUACAACAACAAUGUCCUCAAAGACACGCUGGCCAUUUCCAUCACAAAUUCCCUGACUAGUAUAUUCGCAGGAUUUGUCAUUUUUUCGGCAUUCGGCUACAUGUCGCACCUUCAGAAUGUGCCGGUCAGUGAAAUCGCAGUGGACGGUCCGGGUCUAGUGUUUGUGGUUUACCCACAAGCCUUUGCGACGAUGCCCGUCGCUCCUCUGUGGGCCUUUCUCUUCUUUUUCAUGCUACUCUGCCUCGGCCUGGACAGUCAGUUUGCCAUGGUUGAGGUGAUGGUGACCAGUCUGUUGGACAGCUACAGUACACCCAUACUCAAGUACCUCAAACGCAAGGAGUUUCUUGUGCUCAUGGUCUGCGGUGCGGCAUUCCUCCUGGGCAUCCCUAAUGUCAUGCAGGUGGGGAUCUAUGUGUUCCAGCUGAUGGAUCAUUAUACGGCUAUCGUGUCCAUCAUGUUCCUGGCCUUUUUUGAGGUGAUUGGUGUUUGUUGGCUCUACGGUGUAAAGCGUCUGUCCAGUAAUCUACUGGAGAUGACGGGAAAGAGACCCAACAUUUUCUUCAGGGUCUGCUGGUGGGUCAUUUGUCCUGUCUUGAUAACCGUUAUCCUGGUGUUCUCGGUGAUUCAGUUUAAGCCAGCGCGUUAUGAGGAUUACGUUUACCCGCCGUGGGCUCAGGGUGUGGGAUGGCUCAUCGCUUUGGCGUCCAUCAUCUGGAUUCCUCUAGCAGCCGUGCACACGCUCUGGGUUCUGCCCGGAUCCUUCACUGAGAGACUAAAAAAGUCCAUCACGCCGUUUUCUCUGGACGAUGACUCCGAGAGCCCGUAUUACCAGCAGAAAGGAGCCAUUAUGGAGGUGAUUCCCAACAUCGCCAUCAUCAGCUCCAUCGUACCUCUAUCUGACAAACCACCAAUCCAGACCAAAUAAUGAACUGCCACUGGAUCACUGGACUAGAACAGGCCUAAACCAGACUGAUCAAAACCAGCAACACCAUCUGAGGAUUAUUUACUGGAUCAGUGAAAAUCUGAAAUAUUGGCCUAAAUCUUAACUUUUUUUUCAUCUCAUAAGUGACAGAAAUAACCUAUUUAGGGUUUAAGACUUUUACAGUUUACUGUAUGAUGCAUUGCAGAGCAGUGGCAUAGGAUUUCAUGCUGAUAUCAGUCAAAUUAAAGACUGUUUUACAGUCAAAGACACAAAAAAGA